UCUUGUGUUGUACAGGUAUGGAGUCAAAGUUAGAUCAGGACAGGACAGAUAGAUGUUUUCCUUCUUUAAUUUUUAUGAUUCUAUUAACUACAGCUAGCAUAAAGUUCUGAUUAAAUCUGUUAACUCCACAUUUGAUUUUGGGGAGACACUAUUUAUUAGCAAAAGCAUAGUUCACUCUGCAAAACCUCACUGCUAUUACAAGGUCUUUGAGAUCACAGUUUCUCAUCAUAACACUAAUAAUUUGUAUUUGUAUUAAUUAUUUCUUAAAUAUUGUUCGUGACCAUCUGGAUGGAUUGCAAAAGCUGCUGUCUGUCCCAUUCUCAGAAAUCAUACAGAAGGAAGAAAUUCAAGUAGGUAUGCUCCAAAGUACUUUAUUUAGUAAGUGCUGCAAUUAUUCAGCCAUGAAGUAAACCCAGCUUUCCAUUAGAGGAGCAUAUAACAUUGCUGAUCUAGGCAGCCCCCUGCUGCAUAAUCAUGAGUGUUUUUUAUUUAGUGAAUACUGAUGUAAUCUGGCUGCACUUAUAAGUUGAUAACAUCUGCUAAAGUUCAAAACCAUUUUAGAGAAAGGGCCAGAGUAAACAUUAACAACCUCAUUUGCUUAGGUUGGCUAACUUAGAAAGGCUGCAUAACAUCAAUGAAAAUGCUUUGUCAAUCACAUUCUACACUAGAUUAGUCUUAAAGUCCAAGGAAGAAUCAAAGUUCACCUAAGUAUAUAAACUUCUGUCUAGCAGUCUCUGGUAUCAUUUACAAGUUUAACAAAAAAGAAAAAUGAAGGAGAAGGAGCUGUCAGUAGCUAUUGAGGAAAUAAUAGACGCCUCAAAAAUAAAACUGCUAUCUAGCAGCAUUUUGGAUAUAUAUAACAGUGACCAGGGAAUGGCACCAGCUAAUAUGGGUCUCACAAAUGCUUCUUGCCCAGCUAAUCUACCAGUAAAAAGGGAACUCACAGAAGCAGAUACAAGAGCAAUGGCAAAGGAGAGACAAAAAAAGGAUAACCACAAUCUCAUUGAAAGAAGAAGAAGGUAUAAUAUUAAUUACCGAAUCAAGGAGCUUGGCACACUCAUCCCCAAGUCUAAUGAUCCUGAUAUGCGCUGGAACAAAGGAACUAUUUUAAAGGCAUCGGUGGAGUACAUCAAGUGGCUACAAAAAGAACAACAGAGAGCCAGAGAAUUAGAACACAGGCAGAAGAAAUUAGAGCAUGCUAACAGAAGACUUCUACUUCGAAUUCAGGAACUGGAGAUCCAGGCACGUGCACAUGGCCUUCCCGUCAUGUCUUCACUCAGUGCUGUCGAUUUAGCUGCACAGGUCAUCAAGCAGCAGUCUUACCCAGAGGAGAACUCUGCAGACUACCCUCAACAAAUGCCUCUGGCACAUGGACAAAAUUCUGCUGUCUGCGAUGGAUCCACAGCCUUUUCCGAUCCACUUUCGCACUUCACGGAUUUGUCCUUCAGCGCAGCUUUGAAAGAAGAACAACGACUGGAGGAAAUUUUGUUGGAUGACACAGUGUCACCGUUUGGAACAGACCCACUCUUGUCCUCCACGUCUCCAGCUGCAUCAAAAGAGAGCAGCAGAAGAAGCAGCUUUAGCACAGACGAUGGAGAUGAUUUAUAAAAGCAGAAAGGGUCUCAUACUUCUCUAAACCACUUGUUAAAAGACUGAGUUGAACGUAAGCGUAGAUUACGCCUAUUUUAAAUACCUAUAAGGAGAGACAUUGUAAAAAUCAAUUACUACAUGGCAAGGGUUUCAAUCAACCCUUACUUCACAGGAAAAUAACAUGAACUCAUGUCACGCUGCCCCAAAUCCACUCUCUGUUAGCAGCUAAUAUUGGCAUAAAUGUGUCUUCACUGGGAAUAUUUUUGCAAACACUUCAUGACUUUUUACAAUACUAUGAAAAUGGUUACUACAAAAGGAAUACCCA